GUUUUAAAUUUUAAUAUCUAUCACAUAAUAAGUAAGAGUGAAAUGUAAGUCUUGUAAGUUGUAAAACACAUAAGUGUGAAGUGAAUAAUAAAAUUGGAUUAUUACAAGAAUAUUUGUGUAACAAAUGUGUAUUUCUGGUUUGUUAUAAUAAUAUGAACAGUGUUACAUAUUCAGUUAUUUCAGUUUACAUUAGAUCACGCUGAUGGUAAUACGUUUAUUAGCUUUUCGAAAAAAAUUUGGACGACAGACUGCAACAUGGCUAUAUGCAGAUCACAAUCGAAACGUUGCCUUGUUCUGCUAGGACUGGCGAUAUCGAUCGCUAUAGUUUCACUUUUGGUAGUAUUCUCGCUGCAUGACGUCGUAAACGAAAUCUCCGACCCGGAAUUCGAAUUGCCCCCGUCGAGUAUGCCGAUGGGCUUGUACAGCAAAGUCGGAGUAGUAUCUAACGGUGGACCAUGUGCACAAAUAGGAGUGGACGUGAUGUCGAAUGGUGGAAAUGCCGUUGAUGCUGCUAUAGCUACGAUGAUAUGUGAUGGUGCUCUAUGUCCUCAAUUUAAGGGUUUGGGUGGAGGAUUUUUAAUGAGUAUAUACAAUGCCACAACCAAAAAAGUAAUGUCAAUCGACGCACGCGAAACAGCACCAUCGGGGGCAACUGAAUCCAUGUUUGUAAAAGAACCUAAAAAUUCUAUAUUGGGUGGUUUGGCAGUUGCAGUUCCGGGAGAACUUAAAGGCUAUUCGACCAUCUAUAAUUUAUACGGUGGUCAUGUUUCAUGGUCAUCGCUAUUUGAACCAACAAUACAAUUAUGUGAAGAGGGCAUGCUAAUCAGCAACCGUCUAGAGUUAGCUUUAAAGGCAGAAGAAGACUUGAUCAAAAAUGACCCAAUGCUCAGAAAAGCUUUUUUCAACGAACACACUGGGCAUGUAAAGAUGGCUGGGGAAAUGUACACGUUACCAAAGUUAGCAGAAACUAUGAAAAUCAUAGCAAAAGAAGGCGUAGAUGCCAUAUACAAUGGUUCGUUAACGGAACGAUUAUUAGAAGACUUAAAAAGAGUAAAUGGGAUAAUCACAAAAGAAGAUUUAGCCAGCUAUAAAGUCGAAGUCGAAGAAUCAUUUUCGGUGAACUUAAAUAAUGGCCAUACAAUAUACUCGGGGCCACCUCCUAGUUCUGGCAUAAUACUAGCUUACAUACUCAGAGUGUUGGACGGCAUUUUGCCGGCACCCAACGCCGGCUUAGAUGCACAUCGUUUGGUGGAGGCUUUUAAAUUUGGAUACGGCGAGAGAACACAUUUAGGCGAUCACAAAUUCGUAAACGUGUCUCAAAUAUACGAUAAAGUGAAAUCGGAUAGUUACAUAGAUAAAAUACGUAGUCGAAUAUUCGAUAAUUUCACUUCAUCGGACCCUAAAUACUAUGGAGGUGAUUUUGAUAUGCCAGAAAAUCACGGAACUGCCAAUAUGGUCGUGAUUGAUUCGAUGGGAAACGUCGUCAUAAGUACUAGUACAAUAAACACAUACUUCGGUAGUGGUUUCAUGUCUCCUAGUACCGGUCUUCUUCUGAAUAAUGAAAUGGAUGAUUUUUCUACCCCAGGAGUCGUUAAUAUUUACGGUAUUCCGUCUUCACCUGCAAAUUACAUAAAACCAGGCAAACGACCAAUGUCUUCAAUGUGCCCAACUAUUAUCACAGACGGAAAAAAGGACUUCGUCCUCGCAGCAGGAGCAGCGGGAGGAUCAAAAAUCACGCUUGCAACCGCCUAUGUGACUGCUCUUAAAUUAUGGUACAAUAAAACGCUGAAAGAAGUGAUAGACAAACCAAGAAUUUUCCACCAACUUGUACCUAUGCAAGUUCAGUAUGAAUACGGAACGACUAGAGAUGUAAUACAAACACUUAAAGAUAUUGGCCAUCCAGUGAUCCGAUUGUCAAGUACCGGAUUUUCAGCAGCAACAGCUAUUGCCAAAUCGGCUUCCGGAAUGAUAGAAGCUAUGCCAGAUUUUCGACGACCAGGAAAUUCAUCUGGAUAUUAAAACUAUUAUAAUAGUUUUUAAUAAAUUUUAAAUGUUGUACAUUUUUGUAUAAUAUACGUUGAUAAUAUCAACAAAUUCUAACAAUUUAAAAUGUACUUUUUUCAUAAAAAUUGCAAUUAUUAACGAUUAGUAAAUUGAAUAUAAUCCAAUAAUUUGAUAAGUCAAAAAAAUAGUAAUAUAUAGGUAUAGUAAAUAAAAAUAGUUUUAUAUUAUUUGUAUAUAAUUUAAUGUUUUAUACCUAUACCUAUAUUUACAUUAAUUUGUUAUUACUUUUUCCUAUUUUUGUAUAUCUUCAUUAUUCACAGAAGGUAGUUAACGUAAAUUACUCUUUUUUUCUUAAAUUUUGAGUUUGUUUUUUAUAUUUAAAGAAUGUUCUCUUUAUUUUUUAGAUUUGUUUAACCAUGUGACCUAUUCCAGCCUAUUAAUUUCAUAAUUUUAUAAUAGUAUGAUGUUGCAUUUUAUUAAUUAAACUGUUUAUUUUGAAUAUUAUAGUGUCUGGUGUAUAACAAUAAAAAUAUACAGAAUUCGUGAAAAAUUAACCAUAUAAUUUUUAACCAAAA